AUGGAUGUCUUGGCCGGAAGAAAGACCGGCGGAUAUAUUGAAGGGACUAUCAGCAUUUUGGGUUACCCAAAGAACCAGUCCACGUCUGCACGAAUUAGUGGAUACUAUGUGAAAACCAAUCCUAGAAAGAAAUAUCUUGAUGGGGCUUCCGGAAGUAGAUGGCCUGUCAACAGAAUAGAGGAAGAGGCUUACAAUAGCUGUGAGUUGGUUGCUAACCUGUCUAUCAUCUUCACGGAUGAACCAAAAUCAGGCCUUGAUGCUAUAGCUGCUGCUAUUGUUAUGCAUGCUGUGAGAGAUACAGUGGAUACAGGCAGAACUGUGGCUGUUCCCAGGGUUCCAAAGAUUAGAGACGAGUACAAUCCAGCUACUUGGAUGCUGGAGAUUAUCAUGCCGGCAAUCGAGAGUGAAAUAGUAGUCGAUUUUGCUGAUAUAUAUGCCAACUUCUCCCUUUAG